AUGUCAUCCAUUGCAGCUUUCUUUGCAAGCCCUGGCUUCCGCGCGGGACUAUACGCUGGCAAUGCACUUUGGCACACCAGGUGCGUCGGAUCGACGAGAGAGGUCUGUCAAUGAUGUGGAAGGACAAGUCCUCGAGCUGACGACUGGCCGCUUGAACGUUUGAUGUGAUCCCCUAGCGCUUUCAUACACUUUGGUUUCUUACCCCAAAAAAUGAUGCGCAAGCUUUCUACGCGUGUCAAGAAGGUGGACACGAUUGAAACACCGGAAGGAGACGCUUGGCACCAUGAUCUGGUCGGUAUUCACUAAUCAUCGACUCGCGCUUUUUCAGUUAUCAAAGCUUUCAGAGCUCAUACUCGAAACCCAUUUCGUGCCCAGAUGCGCUACUUGGGCGGUAUCAAUGCUGGCUUUGUGGUUCUGGCAGCUUUGCGCUUCCUCCCGCUCCUCACAUCCUCAUCGAUUUCCAAGCAACUCUCUGCGCGUAGAGGUAGCCUUUCCGUCCUGAGCGCAGAUGGAGAUCCAGCCGCUGCUCGCGCUCUGGACAUUGUGACUUUGUCCGCGCUGGCCGCUGCGAAUGCGAGUCAGGCUGCUCUGAACUUUUUCUGGGCCAGGCCUAGCGGCAGAUGGAUCGUGGGACACGGGUUCGAUAGGAUCACUGUGCUCGGUGAGAAGACUUCAUGUUUGAACAGUCGAAGGAAGCCGACUCACUAUUCUCACGUUCCGUCGUACUCUAGACACCGUGUUCACCAUCCUCGAUGUGACCGUAGUUGCCCUCCGGGCAGCCGGAUGGUAA